GCAGUUUUGGGAUAGCAUGGUAUCUCUUCUGGAUCCUGGUGUCGUAUGAAAGCCCGGCAGCCCACCCCACUAUCACCCCUGAGGAGAGGAAGUACAUUGAGGAAGCCAUCGGAGAGUCAGCAGGUUUUGCCAAUCCUCUACAGAAAUUCAAAACCCCAUGGAGAGCAUUCUUCACGUCCAUGCCGGUGUACGCCAUUAUCGUAGCCAACUUCUGCAGGAGCUGGACUUUCUACCUGCUUCUCAUCAGCCAGCCGGCCUACUUUGAGGAAGUGUUUGGCUUUGAGAUCAGCAAGCCCCUAUCCCCUAUCCCCUAG